UGGGUGUUUUUGUCUUAAUAAAAAUAAUUAAAAAAAAAAGUUGAAAUUUACACAGCACCCACUUUUUGACUCAGCAUCACUUUUUUUUUGUCCAAUACUCUAUGAAUUUUCUUCACAAAGAUCUCUCAUUUCAUAAAAUUUGAAGAAAUGAUUGUAUAAAUUCAAUACAAACCCAAUAUUAUUUUAUUUUUUGAUUAUUUUUUUGUUCUGAUUUUUUGGGAGUUAUUAUAGAAGAGAAUAAUGAAGAUGGGUGUUAUUGAAGAAAAUGGGAUGGAAAAUAUGGGAUUGAAAAAUAUAAAGAAUAAAUAUAGAAGAAUGGAUUCAGAUUUGAGUGUAAUUUCAGAAAAUGAGGCACAAAUUAUGAGGAAAAGAAAUACCAGGAAAUUUGUCAUGGCUUCUGCUGUUUUUGCUUCUCUCAAUUCUGUUCUACUUGGUUAUGAUGUUGGGGUGAUGAGUGGAGCAGUUAUAUUCAUUCAAGAGGACUUGAAAAUAUCAGAUGUUCAAAUAGAAGUCCUCGUCGGAAUCCUAAGCAUAAUUUCGUUAUUAGGCAGUUUAGCCGGUGGAAAGACGUCUGACACCAUAGGUAGGAAAUGGACAAUGGCAUUAGCAGCCAUGAUUUUUCAAGUAGGGGCUGGUAUAAUGGCAUUAGCACCAAAUUUCGGGGUGUUACUCGCAGGAAGGCUUUUUGCUGGAGUAGGAAUUGGCUUUGGUAUCAUGAUAGCUCCUGUCUACAUAGCUGAGAUAGCACCAGCAAUUGCUAGAGGAUCAUUAACAUCCUUUCCUGAGAUCUUCAUAAACUUUGGUAUUCUAUUGGGUUACAUUUCAAAUUAUGUAUUUUCGGGGCUUCCUGCUCAUAUUAAUUGGAGAAUAAUGCUUGGUGUUGGGAUUCUCCCUUCCAUUUUCAUCGGUGGUGCACUCUUAAUCAUCCCUGAAUCUCCUAGAUGGCUGGUAAUGCAGAAUCGUAUUGAUGAAGCAAAGGUUGUUCUUCAGAAAACUAUUGAUAACGAAAAAGAAGUAGAGGAGAAAUUAUCAGAUAUACAGCAAGCUGCAGGAACCACAAAUGCUGACAAGUAUGAAACAAAAUCAGUUUGGCAGGAACUCUUACAUCCAACUCCAGCUGUUAGAAAGAUGUUAAUUGCAGGGUGUGGAAUUCAGAUUUUCCAGCAGAUAACGGGUAUUGACACUGUUGUAUAUUACAGCCCUACAAUAUUUAAAGAUGCUGGAAUAAGUAGCAACACAGAGCUUCUUGCUGCAACAAUGGCUGUCGGAUUUACAAAAACUUUCUGUAUCUUAAUCGCUAUAUAUCUCAUUGAUCAUCUAGGUAGAAAGCCUUUGCUUUAUGUGAGCACAGUUGGAAUGACUGUUUGUUUGAUAGGGCUCAGCCUAAGCUUAGCCUUACUCGGGCAUGAGCCAAUUGGUAUUAGAUUGGCUUUGCUGUUUGUUUGUGGAAAUGUGGCCUUCUUUUCAGUAGGAAUUGGUCCAAUUUGCUGGGUUUUGAGUUCAGAAAUUUUCCCUCUUAGGCUUCGAGCUCAGGCAUCAGGUCUUGGGGCUGUUGGAAGUAGGGUCAGCAGUGGCCUAAUCUCGAUGUCCUUCCUUUCAGCUGCCCAUGCAAUCACCGUGGCUGGAACCUUCUUUGUAUUUGCUGUCAUCUCAGCCUUGUCUGUUGUAUUCGUGUACAAGUGUGUGCCUGAAACCAGAGGGAAAUCUCUGGAAGAGAUCGAGGUGAUGUUUGAUGAAGAUAAACUCCCAGGAUCAGGUGAAAUGGAGCUUGCAGACACCGUGAGCCUUGUGCCCAAGGAACCAAACGGAGCAUAGUUCAUUGCUUCGUUUUCACCAUGUGUCCAGUGAGACUUCAUAGACGAGGAUUUACUUACAGGGACCAGGGACUACAGAGUGUUUAUAGAACAGGAUAUGAUAAGCUUUGGGGAUUCUUUUUUGGAGUUUGGCAUCAACUCAUGUGAUACGCCUAAAAGGUUGUUUGGUACGAAUCAAAGCAGGUUAUACAAUUAUUCUUUACGGAUGAUGAGAAAACAAUAGUUUAAACCGCAGCUGCAGUAUGUUGAGAACAAGGAAAAAGAGAGGGGGGCGGGGGGUUAGGGGUUGCUUCAUCAAGUGUGAGUGAGUUUAAUGUAAGUUGCUUUGAUGUGGAUACCUCUAAAUGAAGAAGUUUGGAGGAUUGGUUUCAUGUAUGGCACAUUCUUUCUAUAUGUUAUAAUCCUACAUUUGUUCUUACAAAGUUUGAACCUCAAAUCAAAGAUCCGAUUUGUACUAAAUGUGACAAUAGAUGUCACAAAAUAAGCAAAAGAUUGUGAAAUUUGAACUCCUAAAGUCCUACUACAUAGUACUUGGUAUGUACUAUCGCACAGAUGUAGGAGCUUCUUUUUAUUAUCAAGAAAACAUAACUCAGGAGUUACAUAUGUUA